AUGUUAAGGUACUCCGAUACUAAUUUCUUCGGAGUGGAACAGACAUCGCCAGAGCUGCUCGCAUGGAAUACUAUAGGAAAUACCACUUCACCUGAUGAAGCUAAUUUUGGAGCACUGGCCCUAAUGAACGGACUAAUAGAUGAAGCUUUAGGAACAGAUAUGUUGUUCAAGGCAGGAAACCGGCCUGUGGGUAAGGAGUCUGAGGUUAGGUAUGGGUUGGUGCAGUGUACUAGAGAUAUCAAUACUACUUCAUGCAGCAAUUGUUUGGGACAGUUGAUGAAUGACGCCAAUCAGUGUUGCCAACAGAAGCAAGGGUGGCGCAUUUUGGCCCCAAGCUGCAAUAUAAGGUAUGAGAACUACUUAUUCUUUCAGAAACCACCUGUGCCGCCAUCCCCCCAACCUGUGCCUGCAGCACCACAGCCACCGCCCGAUAAUGGAGGCGGAGGAGGGAAGAAUACAACAAAGAUCGUAAUCAUUACUUUAUCAUCAAUUACCGUAGUUGCGGCCCUCUUGGGUUUUUGGUACUCAUAUUCAUCAUUUGACCGGAGGAAAAGAAAAGAAGAAGGGGAUAUGAGCCAAGCAAGUAUGUUAGGAAACUGGGAAGCUUCACAUACAAUAGGAAGUAUCCAGGCCAGAGAUCAAGACAACAGUGGAGAAAUGCAUUACUUCAAUUUAAGUACCAUGCAGGCUGCUACAAAUAAUUUUUCAGAUGCAAAUAAGCUUGGAGAAGGUGGUUUUGGACCAGUUUACAAGGGAAUGCUGAUUAAUGGAAAGGAAAUAGCAGUUAAAAGGCUUUCAAUGAAAUCAAAACAAGGUCUUGAGGAGUUCAAGAAUGAAGUGUUGUUAAUUGUCAAACUUCAACACAAGCAUCUAGUGAGGCUCUUGGGAUGCUGCGUGGAAGGAGGUGAAAAGCUUCUAGUCUAUGAGUAA